AUGUCCGCCACCCCUCAUCUCCCGAACGAGGUCCUGGCCCAGAUCUUUGGCUACUUCGAGUGUACCCUGCCGGUGAAAGAAUGGUGGAUGAACGAAGUCGAUGUGUCGCCCGUCGCAACCUUGAAGUCUCUCUGCCUGACUUGUCGAGCGUUCCGCCAUGUGGCCCAGCCUCUCCUCUUUCGCAAUGUCAUCAUCUGGGGUCGAAAGGACGAGGCAACGCUGUUUGUCAAGUUGAUGAAAGCUCUGAUUGGACGCCCCGGCCUUGGACACCAUGUUCGCACAUUCUCCUUCGGCUGGUACGACGAGUAUGAGGCUCGCAAUGCGGGCUUGAGCUGGCCAGAUGUCUUUGAUUGUAUGGACCAUAAGCUGGACCUCCCGCCUCGAUUCAAAGCCGCGAUGAGAUCAUGUUGCCAUGAGGCGAGUGGACCUGAUGCUGCGGCGGCAGCCAUGGUCUUUAUGCCAAACUUGCAGUUGGUCGACAUAAUGGCACUUUCAGAUGACGAUCUCCUGUCUGGGAUGCUGAGCGGGCGCCCCGAUGGCGUCUGGCCCCCAUCCGGGGGUGACAGUAUGCAGCACCAAGAAGCGCUGGAUGGGACAUCUGCAAAGAAAGGAUAUGCUAACUUUGGCCUGCCACUAUUGAAGGAAAUACGCAUCCAGCAUCCGGGCAAUGAAAUGUCCACUGACAUCUUGGACGUCGAAGGGGCCCUGCUCCAUCCCGGCGUGGAGACUGUCCGAACCGUUGGAAUACACUGGACAGCCGACAACUGUACGAGAGACUGGUGCCGGGAUGGCAAGUCGACCAUAAGAACACUUGAACUACGAGAGUGUAUCAUCGACGACGAGGGGUUGGAGAACAUGUUCCAGCAAUGUCCGGCGUUGGAGAGCCUGUCCAUUCAACUGGGGGACGCACGACGCGCGUUUGGCAUUGGCGAGGAUGAAUGGUACUUUGAUCUGAGGAAGAUUGCCAACGUACUCCAGAAGCAUGGAUCGUCUCUGAGGACGCUCAAUUUCCACACGCAAAACUCUGAGGAUGUGGUCGGUGGACAUGGUGGUCAGGCGCUGCGAGAUCUGACAGGCCUGAGGCAUCUCGCAUUUGACAAGAAAGACUUUAUGGGAAGCAUGAUGCAGGGUGAUACGGAGCCCUUUCUCAAAGACAUACUCCCGCCCAACCUCGAGACCCUCUACUUGCAUUACGACGACAUGUACAAUCCCUCUUCGUACGCGACAGCGGCCAGGCACAAGGCCAUGGAGCAAGAACUACACUUUGUCAUUACUUGUGGACAGUUCCCAAAUUUGCGAGAAAUCAAACUCGAGCAGCACCUGCACGACAAUGCACCCUUUGAGUAUAGCAUCAUGGGUUGGACAUGCAAAGUGUUCACGGAGGACUUGUGGCACAGACCUGUCUCGACAGGCUGCGCGCGCACAAUCAUAGCUCUCACGCGCGAGCAUCAGCGUCAAGAUAUCGCGGCAAGCGCUGGCACGGGUGUUGGGUUUGUGUCAAAUAGCCACGAGUUGGCCGGGUGA